AUGGGAGGUAAAAAGAAAAAGAGUAAUAAUAAAACAAAGAAAACAAGUUCCACUUCUACUUCUUCCACUUCUUCGAACACUCUACAAAAAAUAGAAAAAGAAAAUGUUACUUUUGCCUCUUCUACCACUUCAGCUUCUGCUUCAACUCAACAACCAAAAGUUGAAAAAGAAAAGGUUUCACCUACUUCUUAUAUGAAUCUGGAUUCUGUGGAUCUCCAAAAACAUGAGGAAAAGAUAAUGCGGCAAAUCAAAGAGAUAGAAGCUUUUACAAGAGUUGUGGACAUAUCUAGUAUGGAAUAUGACGAUACGGUGGCUCUAAAAAAGAUUAAGGAAAGAAUAGUUCAACUAAAAGAGUUAAAGAGAUUAAUAGAGAAUCAAAAGUCAUUUAAAGAUAUCCAACAACGUAUUCAAAAGUUGUCAUUUGACCAACCACCAAUACAACUACCAAAAUCACAGUUAUUCCAAUCAAAUCAACAAGCAAACGAACAACAACAAACAAAGAAAGAUGAGUCACCUAAGAUCAAAACAACUACUACAACUACUACAACCAAUACAUCCACAAAGACUACAAACAAGAACACUAACAAUAGCAAAAAUCAAAUAAUGAUAAAUGGAUUGACAGUUGCAAGAAGAUAUCAAUCAGAUAUUCUUGCCAAGUAUUACACGAUGUUGACCGGUAAUCAAUGGAAUGACACUCCAGAGUUUGCAACUCAACUGAAAUCAUUGCUUCCAAACCUAAAGAUGAAAGAUAUUCCACAAAAGUAUCAUAUUUCAUUGAAUAGUGGUGAUCGUUCUUCCUGGGAAUCACCACUCCUCCACCAUGUAUUCGAGUUGCUUAUUUCAUCUUUGAAAUCAAAACAACAACAACAAUUGGACGAGACAAUAGAACAAUCAUUGGAGUUUUCAAGUUUGGUCAGCAGUCUAUAUAAUCAUUAUAUUAUCAACCCAACAGUUACAAAUAGUGACGAGUUUGAAGAUGAUAUCAAAGAGUUUCUUGAAACAUUGUCAUCGAUUGGUGUUCCAAGUGAUGUCAUUGAAUGCAUCAGACUCUCAACACCCAUUACCAAUUCCACAGAUAGCCAAGCAAAAGAACUAAUAAGCAAAACCAAACUAUCAAUUGGCAAGCAUGACUAUGUAAAAGCAGUCGAGUUUUGCAAUCAAGGAAUUGCGGUGACUGGUUUAUCGAUCGAAUCACAAGCGAAACUCUAUUUCUAUCGUGGAUAUGCCAAUGAAAUGUAUCGUUUACAAUCAAGACAAUCAGCAGUAUCAAGAGAAGUGAUUCUUCUUGACCUCAGUCGAACAAGUGCAAUCAAACCGAAAUGGAAAUGUACCAAAUUCCUGAUGGCAUUGAUUUAUUUCCAUGAUGACAAGUUUGAAGAAGCAAAAGCAGCUGCCGAGGCAUGUUUAGUCUUGGACACACAUUAUCAGAAAGCCAAAGAUCUACUUGUGUUCAUUAAUUUCGAUUUGGGAAUGAUCUCCAAUGGAUACAAAGAUGAUUUCCAAAAGUAUGAUGCUCAACAAUAUAAGGAUUUAUUGAAAGGUCGUAAUAUCAAUCCAUCCUUUCUCAGCCAAGCAUUUUUGAGAGAAGACAAGAACGUUGAGAAUGGAUUCAGAUAUCUCUAUGGUUAUGAUGGAACCACCAAAGACAUUGCCAAGUCACUUAAAUAUUUCCAAUCAUCACCAAACAAUGCUGAAGCACUCCUUUACUCUGGUAUUCUCCUUCAACAAGGUAAAACAGUUCGUCGUAAUUUCAAAGAUGCAUUCGAUUGUUUUGUUCGUUCCAAAGAUGUAGGUGGUUUAGAAUCACAUACUCAAAUUGCCAAAUGUUAUCGAUAUGGUUUAGGUGUUGAUAUUGAUAUCAGUAAAGCUCAAGCAACUUUGGAAGAACGUAUAAAGAUGACAAACAAAUUAUCGGUAAAUACUGUAAUGGAUCAAGAUCUAACGGAAUUAGGUGAAUUGUAUUUACAAAAUCAAGAUCCAGACGAUUAUUGUAAAGCAGCUCAAUACUUCCAAACGGCAGCUUCAUCUGGUUAUCCUGAUGCAAUGUUUUAUCUUGGAUAUGUCUAUCUCAAUGGAUUCGGUGUGGAGAAGGAUUUGGAAGCUGCUGAAAUGUGGUUGAAACGUGCUGCUAAAUUGAGUCAUCCACGUGCACUCAAUGCACUCGAAGCUGUUAAGUAUCAAAAGACGAUGAGUAAGCUACCGGAUGCCGCUCAAGAUAUGUUCAAUAAGUUGCAGUCGAUUAAAUUUGAAGAGUCUAUUCUUCCACACUAUUGA